GUUGCACCUGCACCUCGCUCAGCCAGUUGGCAUCAUGGACAUAUGUGAAUCAAUCCUGGAGAGGAAGUGGCAUGACAGCAAAAGGUCUACAUGCAGCAUCCUGGAGCAGACAGACAUGGAAGCUGUUGAGGCUCUUGUUUGCAUGAGCUCCUGGGGUCAAAGAUCCCAGAAAGGUGACCUAUUGAAGAUAAGACCCCUCACACCUGUCUCUGACUCUGGGGACUUCACCACUACUGUGCAUAUGGACGCAACCACACCUGAGCUACCAAAGGACUUCCAUUCUUUAUCGACUCUGUGCAUGACUCCUCCUCAGAGCCCUGAUCUCAUGGAGCCACCAACAGGAGCACAUGUUCCUUCCCAAGUAACUGAUUCCAAAGCAUGCAUGGUCAUGGCCAUCCCCCCAUCCUCUGCUGUGGCAGCCAGAGUGCUGAGCAGGAGAGCAGAGAGGGGCUUGCCAGGUUUGAAGCCAGAGCCGCUGGAGCCAGCCCCCAGCCCCUCCUGCAGGGCUGUGCUGACAAGUGUGAUCCGACACACCGGGGAGAGUCCUGCCCCCGCCCACUUUCUUACUGCGCAGACUCAAGAACAACGAAUUUUCAGCAACACAGAAGGGAAAGCACAGUUUCUGGGACAUUUUGAAGCUUUGCAGGACACACACCUCGCAGGCAGUUUACUCAACACUAACUCAGUGUCCUGUCAGCCUUGCUUGCAUGAGGCUGGUGUCCUGCUCCCUACUGACAGAGGCCAGCAGGCAGGAUGGCCCGUUGCAGUUCAGACCUGCUCACCAAAGAAUUAUGAAAAUGACUUGCCAAGGAAAAACACCCCUCUGAUUUCUGUCCCUGUCCCCAGUCUCCCUGUCCUUUGCCAAAUGAUUCCUGUGACUGGACAAAGUAGCAUGUUACCAGCUUUCUUGAAACCCCCUCCCCAGUUGUCUGCGGGGACUGUCAAACCCAUCCUACCCCAGGCUACUCCAGUGCCCCAGCCUGUGUUCAUGGGACCACCUGCGCCUCAGGGAACUGUGAUGCUGGUUCUGCCCCAGGGAGCCUUCCCCCAGCCUGCCACCUGCUCAUCAAGUGUCAUGGCUGUUGGGAAUACCAAGUUCUUGCCCCUUGCCCCUGCUCCAGUGUUCAUUGCCUCCAGCCAAAACUGUGCCCCUCAGGUAGACUUUUCCCGAAGGAGAAACUAUGUUUGCAACUUCCCAGGCUGCCGGAAGACCUACUUCAAAAGUUCCCACCUCAAGGCUCAUCUUCGUACUCACACAGGGGAAAAGCCUUUUACCUGCAGCUGGGAUGGAUGUGAUAAAAAGUUUGCUCGUUCAGAUGAGCUGUCUCGCCACCGCAGAACACACACAGGGGAGAAGAAGUUCAUGUGCCCAGUGUGUGACCGGCGUUUCAUGCGCAGCGACCACCUGACCAAGCAUGCCCGGCGCCACAUGACUACCAAGAAGAUCCCAGGCUGGCAGGCAGAGGUUGGCAAACUGAACAGGAGUGCCUCAGCAGAGAGCCCUGGGAGCCCACGCACAACCACGCAGGCCUCCGCCUGAAAGGUUGGGGAGGCCAUUACCUGUGGCAUUUUAAAAGCCUCUUUUUAGGAAUGGAACUGAUGGGUUCCUCUCCAAAAAAAAGAGAAAGAGGCUAGGGAAGGAUGGGGAGCUGGUUUAUUGAAAGUAUGUUAACUUUUCUUUCUGGUUGGGACCCUGUUCAAUAUCUUUUGUAGUUUCGGAAUUUUUUUUUUUUUUCCCCAGGAAAUGGAAGAAAAUUUGA